AUGUACAUCCAUACAAUACGGACACAGCACGCGCCCCCUUUUUUGCAGAACUCAUCAGCUCCGUCGGAGAUGGACCAGAGCCAACAAGAGGCGUAUGACUUAACAGACAGACAGAGACCUCGAAUGAGCGCAGCGGCGUGGUUUCGCGGUCAAGCCUCCCGCGGCAGGCUAGCGGUUUUUGCUCUCAAGCAUAACGAACAAGAAACACCUCCCUUUCCACGACUCAGCAACGACUCACGUCCAAAAGAAGAACCAGAUGGACAAAGUACCGCUACACCAGGCCCACGUCACGCCACUCCGGCCUCGUAUUGGAAGAGCAGACGAGAAGGCACGCAAGACGACGAGAGACCAGACCAGGCAAGCCAAAAGACUGCAUCUGUCGCUUCGACCCCGUCGGCCUAUGACGACGAUUCCCUCUCCCCUGCUCGCCUUAUCCCGCCCAAGCCGCUCGCCAGAAAACACGAGAAAAAUGGUGGGAACCCUGUCUGGCGCAAGAGUAUCCAGUACAAGAUACGAUGCGGAAACUGGAGACGCUCACGGCCGAACGUACGCUUGGGGAGCGCUGCUGACACAAGUACUGAGUACCUACAUCAGCUGGCAUCUCCGCAGGCUAGCAGCACCGCCAUCGACCUGAACUUCUGGCAGCCCGGGCAGUUUGACCGAGGGCGAGGACGGGAGUACCUGCCUCGUCGACGCUGUUCCUACAAAGAACGGAGUAUGCCGUACGAGGUCCAGUGCAAAGUGCCAGAAAGAGCUGGCACCAGCUGUGAUGAUGGCGAGCAGGUACCCGUACCAGCUGAGCUCAACCUGCCCGAACAUCCAUGGAUCGUCUUGAACCCCAACUGCAACUUCUCCCGGGGAGCUGCUGGCGUUGUGUGA